AUGAAAAAUAAAAAAGACCCUAUAAAAAAUAUUUCUUAUAAAUCAUCUUUAUUUGGUUGUAAGAUCCAUUUAAUUAUUGUUUUUAUUUUAUCAAUUCUUGUUUUUCAAUUAAACAAUGUUGUUGAAGGAAAAUUAAAUAAAUGGGAUCAAGCCACAGCACUUUGGGGAAAAAGAUCUGUAGAUACAUUAAUGUAUGACUACGAUUUUCAACCUGAUAUUUUAUUAACAAAUGGAUAUUAUAUGGCAAAGAGACCUUCUAAAAAUUGGCAACAAAUGAAUAGUUUAUGGGGAAAGAGAAGUUCAAAGUGGGAUAAUGCUAAUGCUUUAUGGGGAAAAAGAGCUACAUGGAAAAGUGCAGAUGGUUUAUGGGGUAAACGUGCUUCAACCUGGAAUAAUGCUAAUGGACUUUGGGGACGUUAA